AUGGCGGCAUCGUUCGGCGCUCCAGUGCGGGCAGCGGGGGACAAGUGGGUCCUCAAGGACAUCUACGGCGCUGCGCAGCCCGGAGAAAUGCAGGCUCUGCUGGGCCCCUCCGGUGCUGGCAAGUCCACGCUCAUGGACAUUCUGGCGCAGCGCAAGUCAACCGGCAACUUGGGGGGCAGCAUGCUGGUCGACGGCAUGCCCGCGACCGGCAGCUACAUCCGCCGCACGGCCUACGUGCCCCAAAACGACAACUUUGUGCCAGUCAUGACCACUGUUGAGGUGAUGCAGUUUUACGCGGGCAUCAUCCUGCCGCGUAGUUGGAGCAAGGCGCGCCGCGCCGCGCGCGUGGAGGAGGUGCUGCAGGAGAUGGGCCUCGCGCACGCCACAAAGACGCUGGUGGGCGGCACAUCGCCGGGCGGCCUGAUGCACCGCGGGCUGAGCGGCGGCGAGCGCAAGCGGCUGUCCAUCGCGGCCGGCAUCCUGGCAGCGCCCAGUGUGGUGUUCCUGGACGAGCCAACCACCGGGCUGGACUCCUUUGCGGCGCUUACGGUGAUGGGCUUCAUGAAGCGCAUGGCGCGCGACAACGGGCACAUUGUUAUUGCCUCCAUCCACCAGCCGCGCUCCGCCAUCUGGUCCAUGUUUGACACGGUGACGCUGCUGUCGUGUGGCCGCCUGAUGUACACGGGCAUCUGCGACGGCCUGGUGGAGUUCUUCCACACCAUCGGGUUUGACUACGACGCCAACCUGCACGGCGUCGUGUCGGACUGGGCGCUGGACCUGGUGGCCUGCGGCAGCCACAAGCCCAAGAAGUUCUACGGCCACACCAUCACCUCCAAGGACGAG